UCGAUCUCGUAGUUUGAUUUUCUGUGUUGUCUGCUUGCUUUGUGGCUUUCAGAAGAAAAACAAACAGGAAAUUUCCAAUCGGUUUGACCGGAACGAAGAACAAAUUAAAGAUCCUUAUGGGAAACAACAAUGAAGAUAAAGUGAUUCUAGCCACGGGAGGUUAUGAUCACUCAAUUAAAUUUUGGGAAGGGCACAGUGGCGUGUGCACUCGCACCGUAACUCACCCUGAAUCGCAAGUGAAUGCUCUUAAUAUCACUCCCGACAGCCAGCUCUUGGCAGCUGCCGGAUACCAACAUAUUCGCAUGUACGAAAUUAACUCUUCUAAUCCCAAUCCAAUAGUCAAUUAUGAAGGCAUUUCGCGUAAUGUGACUGCAGUUGGAUUUCAUGAAGAUGGGCACUGGAUGUACACGGGAGGUGAAGACUGUUCUGCUAGAGUUUGGGACCUGAGAACAAGGAACUUACAAUGCUCUAGAAUAUUUCAAGUCACAGCUCCUGUAAAUUGUGUUUGCUUGCAUCCAAACCAAGGAGAACUGUUGGUAGGAGACCAGAGUGGUGUCAUCCAUAUCUGGGAUCUGCGAACAGAUCACAAUGAACAACUGAUUCCAGAGCAAGAUGCCUCAAUCCAAGACAUUUCAAUAGAUUCCUCUGCAAAUUUCAUGGCAGCCAUCAAUAACAAGGGUAACUGCUAUGUUUGGAGCUUAACUCCCGGUACCAAACUGCCUGAUGGGGAAGAAGGUUCAACACCAACUCAGCUGCGACCGAAAAGCCGUUUACUAGCCCACAAGCGCUAUGGUCUCAAGUGUAAAUUUAGUCCUGACGCUAAGUAUUUGGCAACGACGUCGGCCGAUCAAACAGCAAAAUUAUGGAAAACCUCCGACUUUACCCUUCAUUCAGUAUUGCAAACUGAAAAUCAACGUUGGGUGUGGGACAUUGCAUUUUCAGCUGAUUCCCAAUUUGCUAUAACAGCUUCUUCCGACAACAAGGCGAGACUGUGGAAUAUCGGAACCAGCGAGAUAACUAAAGAAUAUAUUGGCCAUCAAAAAGCUGUAACUUCUUUGGCAUUUCAAGAUGGGGCACCGUAAUAGAACAACAUUUGAUAUGU